AGCUCAGUGUGGACCGCCUUCAUGCUGCUGUCCGCUGUCAGUAUCCUUUCGGUCGCGGACGGAAGAGCAUCUACCCGAGGCCAGCAGUCAGUUUCUCCAGUACCGAGCACCGUCAAACCGCAAGCAGCAUGGCUUUGAGCGCAGACCCAAACUUCCAGAAACUGGAGCAGUGGUACCAAGCUCAUGGCAGCAGCCUCAACAUGAGGGCCAUGUUUGACAGCGACCCUGAGCGGUUCGGAAAGUUCAGCACCACUCUGAAGACAGAGGAUGGUGAAGUUCUGCUGGACUACUCCAAGAACCGGAUCAACCAGGAUGUCAUGAAGAUGCUGCUGGCCUUGGCCAAGUCGAGGGGAGUGGAGCAGGCCCGGGAGAAGAUGUUCACCGGAGAGAAGAUCAACUUCACCGAGAACCGGGCCGUGCUCCACAUCGCCCUGCGGAACCGCUCCAACACGCCGAUCCUCGUUGACGGUAAAGACGUGAUGCCCGAGGUCAACCGCGUGCUGGACAAGAUGAAGGCCUUCUGCCAGAGAGUUCGCAGCGGCGAUUGGAAAGGCUUCAGUGGAAAGAGCAUCACAGACGUGGUGAACAUCGGCAUCGGAGGCUCCGACCUGGGACCGCUGAUGGUGACCGAGGCCCUGAAGCCAUACUCAGCCGACGGUCCAAAUGUCUGGUUCGUCUCCAACAUCGACGGGACUCACCUGGCCAAGACGCUGGCCCGGCUCAACCCAGAGACCACGCUGUUCAUCAUCGCCUCAAAGACGUUCACCACUCAGGAGACGAUCACCAACGCUGAGUCGGCCAAAGACUGGUUCCUGCAGACGGCCGGUGACAAAUCUGCUGUGGCCAAACACUUUGUGGCUCUUUCCACCAACGCAGUCAAAGUGGAGGACUUCGGCAUCGACACGGCCAACAUGUUUGAGUUCUGGGACUGGGUCGGAGGUCGUUACUCACUGUGGUCUGCCAUCGGUCUGUCCAUCGCUCUGCAUGUAGGCUUCGAGAACUUCGAGAAGCUUCUGGCUGGAGCUCACUGGAUGGACAACCAUUUCCGCAGCGCCCCUCUGGAUCAGAACGCACCGGUUCUGCUGGCUCUUUUGGGCGUCUGGUACGUCAACUUCUUCCAAGCAGAGACUCACGCCAUGCUGCCGUAUGACCAGUACAUGCACCGCUUCGCCGCCUACUUCCAGCAGGGCGACAUGGAGUCCAACGGGAAGUACAUCACCAAAGACGGCAGCCGGGUCAACUACCACACGGGACCGAUCGUGUGGGGCGAGCCGGGGACCAACGGGCAGCACGCCUUCUACCAGCUCAUCCACCAAGGCACUCGCAUGAUUCCUGCUGACUUCCUGAUUCCUGCUCAGUCCCAACAUCCAAUCAGAGACAACCUGCACCACAAGAUCCUCGUGGCCAACUUUCUGGCUCAGACUGAAGCGCUAAUGAAGGGAAAAACUUCUGAAGAGGCUCGUAAGGAGCUGGAGGCUGCCGGCAUGACGGGAGACGCCCUGAAGAAGCUGCUGCCGCACAAAGUUUUCGAAGGGAACAAGCCGAGCAACUCUAUCGUUUUCAGGAAGCUGACUCCGUUCAUCCUGGGGGCUCUGAUUGCCAUGUAUGAGCACAAGAUCUUCGUCCAGGGCGUCAUGUGGAACAUCAACAGCUACGACCAGUGGGGGGUGGAGCUCGGGAAGCAGCUGGCCAAGAAGAUCGAGCCAGAACUGAAGGACGACUCUGAGGUCUCCUCUCACGACUCGUCCACCAACGGCCUCAUCAACUUCCUGAAGAAGAACUUUGCCUAAGCUCCGCCUCCUUCAUCUAUCCACACUGGCUGAAACAUGUUCUGUGUGAGCGGACACUUCCUGUCCCGACUGUAAUAACGAGUUCUUCAUGUUGCUUUUUUAGUGUCGAUCUGUGUGUGCACGUUACUGUAUGUGACCCCCGCCCCCUUACACAUAGCUGUGGCUUUCAAAAUAAAAGUCCUUCCUGUCAGUGA